GUGGUCAAACCCUGGAAAAGUUACAGCGGAUUCCAAAGGAGCGGUGGGCUGGGGAGGCCAAGGACCCGUUCUUGUCCGGAAGCCAACUCACAGCCCCCGCAGCUGGCAUUGGAUGAGUCCCGGCUGAGAGCGCAGGGGUCCAAGGGACUGAACCGGACCUAGCCCGCCAUGGCGCCCUGGGGGCUCCUGGUGACCGGCGCCUCCUUCGCCGCCUUCCGGGGGUUGCACUGGGCGCUGCAGCUGCUGCCCACGCCGGGAUCUGCUGCCCAGGACCGUUGGAAGUGGCGGAACAUCUGUGUCUCCCUGGUGCACAGCCUGCUCACAGGGGUCGGGGCGCUGCUCGGGCUGUCGCUGUACCCUCAGAUGGCUGCCGACCCGAUUCAUGGCCACCCGCCCUGGGCCCUGGUGCUGGUGGCUGUGUCCGUGGGUUAUUUCUUGGCGGAUGGAGUUGACAUGCUGCGGAACCAGACCUUGGGCCAGGCCUGGGAACUUCUCUGUCAUCAUUUCGUGGUAGUGAGCUGCCUCAGCACUGCCAUUCUGUCCAGCCACUAUGUGGGCCUCUCUGUGGUGUCUCUGCUCCUGGAGCUGAACUCUGCCUGCCUGCACCUGCGGAAAUUGCUGCUGCUUUCUCACCAGGCCCCAUCCCUGACCUUCAGCAUGGCCACCUGGGCCACACUGGCCACUCUGGCCAUCUUCCGCCUAGUGCCUCUGGCGUGGAUGAGUCUGUGGCUGAUCCAGCAGCAACACCAGGUGCCUCCUCCUCUGGUCAUCCUCGGUGGAACUGGGCUGGUCACUGUGGGUGCCAUAAGCAUCACACUGGGUGUCCGUAUUUUGGUCAGUGAUGUCCUACGGUCUCGGCCCCACCCACCGAUCCCUGAGCACAAGGAAAGCAGGGGCACAAGGAGAUGUUGUGAGGGUGAGCUUGUCAGUAGGGAUGAUUCCACUCUUAGCCUGAAAGACUAGAGAGAGGCCUCAGGCUCCUCUUCUGCCAGUCCUGGGGGGAGGUAGGGCCAGGACAAGGAGAUGGUGGUCCACAGUGUACAGUCCUUCAUUGGGUUAAGGACUGGACUGAAUUUUUAGUAUCUCAGCCCCUCUUCCAAAUAAGUCGCACCCCUCCCCCAUUCCUAGGAUCUGAGAAGAAAUGCUGAUGUUCAUGGAUGGGUGGGAAACUGGGCUAUUGUUCAGUGAAUUCCAUCAUCAGAUGACUGCUUCUUUCAGCAAACUAACUCAAAGUACAGCCAGUGCUACCAAUAAGGGGUGGCAGGAGGCAUGAAGCUAAGUGAAACUGCCAAUGACGUCCUCUGCUUUUAGCACAGGAACAGGUGAAGAAACGUGAGGUCCUGUUAGGACCAGAGAGAUCUGAUGUGGAGGGAGUGGGUCCAGAGGGAAGAGAGACCUCACCUGUGACCAAAUUCUAGCAGGGGGAGGAGGCCACAACAGGUACUGUCUGUAGCCAGUAGGGAUGGGCAUACUAGUGGCCAAGAAACAGAAGAACUGGACCACUACAAUUGCUGCUGAUAUUUCUGGUUCUCAAAGCCACGUUACUGUAUUUGUACUUAAUGCUAGUUCUACCACCUUUUAAAUUUUUAAAAAGCCCAACAUCUGCCUUUUAAAUUUUCUUACUAUCUUCUGACCUUUUCAAAGAAAAUGCAGAUUCUUAAAGGAGUGAGCAUGGGACUAGGUCUGUCUUCUUAGGACAGUCCUUACGUCCAGAGCCAUAGCAGGGACUCAAACACCCAUUCUGGGUGCCAAGUGUAGUGUUUUCUGAGGCCCAGGCUUUCAUGGAAGAAUGAGGGUAGAGGCAGAAGUAGAUGAGGGAAGGCUUUCACUUGGCCGCAGAGGGGCUAAGGAAUAUCUGACUCUCUUCUGGGAUUCAUUUGCAAGCUUUCCCUCUCUUUUCUCCCCUGCCACUUUUUUUUUUUUUUUUUAGAGGGGGGACAAUGGGAGAGAGAGAACCUGAGAUCAUGACCUGAGCUGAAACCAAGAGUCAGGUGCUUAACUGAAUGAGCCACCCAGGCACCCCUAGGGCAAUUUCUUACCACCCAAUUCUCAUUCUCUCAUCUCAAUUAAGAGACAGGAAAAAUUAUUUUAUUUUAUUUUAUUUUAUUUUAUUUUAUUUUAUUUUAUUUUAUUUUAGUAAACUCUACACCCAAUGCCGGGCUCAGUCUCACAACCCUGAGAUCAUGACCUGAGCUGAAAUCAAGAGCCCGACACUUAACUGACUGAGCCACCCAGGGGCCCCUCUCCCCUAACCACUUCUGCUGCUCCCCUCCCCCCCAUGGCACAAAAUCUCUCCUUUCUUCAGGCGGAACAGCCAGGUUAUUGGAAGUGUAAAGCAGAUUAAGAUUGCUUUUCUACUAAACAGUGGACAGAAAGAGAUAACCCUUAAUUAUCCACAGAAAAGAUCCAUGAGCAAAAGCAAGAGACAGGAAGAUUUAAGCAAAAAAUUCUGCCCAAAAGCUGAGCUAGAGAAAGACAAAAGGGAUGAUAGAAAUAGACAUACAUAGAUUGAGGGACAGAUAGAAAGAAAGAGAAUAAUCACCUGUAUUGAAGAGACAGAGGUGAAGAGAGAUGGAGGGCAAGACAGGGAAUCCUUGGCGGAAAUGUUAAGACUGUCAUGGAUGCUGACAGGAACCAAAAUCAUAGAACUGGCAAAAUGGUAAUAAACAAAGAGGUCAAGAAAAAUAGAAAUAAAAGCUGACAGGAAGGGACCCCAAGGGUACAAGGCACAGAUAUUCUAGACAGAGAAAUAGAGUGUGUGACAAGGAGGAACAACCAGACUCAGGAGAGAUGGAGGUAAGACAGGCAUUUAGAGAGAUUGGCAGAGCGAGAGAAGAAAGGGGGAAAUGGAUAUGAGGGGAAUUAGUCAGGGGAGCUGAGAAACAGAAGAACAGAAGGUGGAGGAGGCACUCAGUGGAAAGAUUCACUGGCAGAAAAAGAAAGUAGGAAAUAUGUUGAGUUGGAGACAGGCAGAAAGACAAAGGACAAACAGCUACAGUGCAAAACACAAAGACAGAGCCUGACAGGAACUGAUAGGCAGAGACUGGUAGGAAGACGGAGAGAGCUCAGAAUCAGGGAUGUAGAUUGAGGUGGAAGAAUAGGCAAAGAGACUGAGGAGAACCACGGCGGGGGGGGGGGGGGGGGGGUGGAGGGAGAAGACUGAUUAAAUAAACAUCCAAAGGAAGGCGGCACCUGGCUGGCUCAGUGGAUAGAGCAUGUGUGAUCUCAGGGUUGUGAGUUUGAGCCCCAUGUUGGGUGUAGAGAUUACUUAAAAAAUAAGUAAAUGAAUGAAUGGAUGAAUAAGUAAAUAAA